AUGGGUUGUACGGCAAGUGUUCCCAGCAACGAGGAAGAUGAUCCAUUUCUCCAGGAUAAACAUAUCAAUGAUCAGAUUGAGCAGAGCUUGCGUAUGACUAAGGGAAAUGAUAGGAACGAGUUCAAAUUAUUUCUAUUGGGAACUGGGGAAAGUGGAAAGUCUACAGUGUUGAAGCAAAUGAAAUUGCUUCACAAAGGAGGCUUCACUUCUCAGGAACGCGUUCAAUACGCCCAGGUAAUCUGGUGUGAUUUAAUCCAGUCUAUGAAGAUAUUGCUUGUACAAUCUUCGAGGUUGGGAAUUGCCCUAGACUCUGAUACAGAGGGAAGUCCAUUAGCUCCAUUUAAGCAAGCCGUGCUAAAUGCAAAUGCACUACAAUUGGUGAACAUGGGAGCUGCAGGCAGUUCAGAUUAUUUGAGUGACUAUGUGAUAAAGUAUGGCGAGCGUAAUAGAGCUAAAAGCCGAUUGAACGAAACGGGAGCUCCAGACAAUGCAUUUUUGAAAGAGGGCUCCAAUGAACAAGAUAGCACGGAAACAGUUGUAAAUGAGGAACUUAUGGAAAUAUAUCCAAUGUCCGAGCAAAAACAGAUUUAUACAAGACAUGAAGUUGCUGAAGCAGUUUCCAAAUUAUGGAGUUUGGAUUCUGGAAUCAAAAAAUGUUUUGAAAAAUCACACGAAUUCCAAUUGGAGUCGUCUGCUAGCUAUUAUUUUGAUAACUGCAUGAAGUUUGCCGAUCCCAACUACAAGUGCUCAGACUUGGACAUUUUGAAAGGAAGAAUCAAAACCAGCGGGAUCACAGAAACUGAUUUCAUGGUUAACCUGUUUAAGUUCAAGAUUUUAGAUGCCGGAGGUCAAAGAUCUGAGAGAAAGAAAUGGAUCCACUGUUUCGAGAAUAUCACAGCCAUUAUGUUCGUAUUGGCGGUAUCCGAAUACGAUCAAACGUUAUUCGAGGAUGAGCGGGUGAACAGAAUGCAUGAGUCAAUUGUUUUAUUCAACGCCCUCUGUAACUCAAAAUGGUUUAUCAACACGCCUUUCAUCUUGUUCUUGAACAAGAUCGAUAUCUUUGAGCAGAAAAUAGCAAGGUCGCCUCUUAAAAAGUAUUUUCCAGACUACGAUGGAAAGCCUAAUGAUGUUGAAGACGCACUUAAGUUUUUUGAAACCAACUUUUUGAAGUUAAACAAGACCAACAAGCCAAUUUAUGUUCACAGAACAUGUGCAACGGAUACCAAGUCAAUGAAGUUUGUUUUAUCUGCGGUCACAGAUUUGAUUGUUCAAAGGAACUUGAAGAAUAGCGGUAUCCUUUGA